AUGAAGGGGGGGGUUGUGAUGGUGUCACAGGUUGGCCGGUUGGGGGGGUUUGUGGGUGUUUCUGGGGUGUGGUGGGGGGUCAUACUCAGGUGGAUGUUUGGGUGGUUGAGUAUAUGGCUGUUUUUUGGGACCUUUGUGGGCGUUGGUGCUAUUCGGGUGGUUUUGGUGUUUCUCGGUGUUUUUAGGGUUUUCGGUGGUUGGAAAGUAAUGGUUUGGUGUAAGGGGGGAGGGCAGGGGUGUUAUGGGUUUUGGGGUGUGGAUUGGACGUUUUUUUGUGGGGGGGGAAAUUUAGGAUUUGGUGGCAUGUGGGUUUGUUGUUUGUAUUUAUGGAAUGGGGUGGGGUGGUCGGGCGAGAGAGGGGAAGAAGAAAGAAACGCGGGGGGGGCGGGGGUGUCGUGA